UGUGAUAGAGAAACAUUUGUAUUUUCAGCGUUAAAGUGUCAUGUUAUAAUAUAUUUUUAAGUUAUGAAAUAUGCUCUUUUAGGGCUGUCUACAUGCAAAUGAAAACUAAGACGGUAACAUGGUUCAUAGCAUAACAACUUUGAAAAGCAUUAAAUAUUGUCAUUCUUGCCUGAGGAUGUAUAUUUCAACAAAAGUUAAGCAGUGCAUGUAUUUUUAAUUUGGUCAGUGGAACUUCAUCAAUGUUUUGUGCAAGAUUACUAAGAAAAAAAAAUUGACUGGAUUCUAUGAAAGACAAUUAGAAAAAACCAUCAAAUGAAAAGUAGCAGUGCAUGUAAUUUCCACUAAGACCAUGGAACUUCCUCAGUGUUUUGUGCUGGAGUACUUAGAAAAAUAAUUAUGUUUGGAUACUAUUAAAGAAGAUAAGAAAACACAAUCAACUGACAAGAAGCUGUCUAUUUAUUAAUUCAUAGUAAAAACAAUAAGGAUGGAGUCAGAUACAUGUAUAAGUGACACUCAAUGUAUAGCUAUAAAAGGUCAUUGACAGCCAAACAAGGUCAUUAUUAUGCACAGAAUACAAAUUGCAAGAUGGACAUUUCCAAACCAUGCAGUGUGGCUAAGAACAAGGGACAUAGGAAAGAGAGUGAAGGCGCUAAAGAUGAUGUUGACGAUAAAAAUCUCAGUGGCCAAAACACUGAAGAAUGUGAUGCAUUGGAAAGAAACUAUGGGAUGAUGGAAAGAGAUGAAGAUGAAGAAGAUUGUGAAGAUGAAGCGGAUAGUCAUGAUUAUGGAUUGAUGCAGGACUUUGCAUACACAAGACAAGUGAUGUUUGUACAAAACUGCACUGACCCUUAUUCACAAACCUGCACUGACCCUUAUUCUCAAAACUGCACUGACCCUUAUUCUCAAAACUGCACUGACCCUUAUCCUCAGCCCUUACCCUACUCUGAUGAAGAUGAGCCAGUGGAUGAAAAGCAAUAUGAUGAUGAUGAUGAUGAUGUUACCAACAGAGGAGGUGAUCCCAAUGAACUUUUUGACAGGCCUGCAGCUGUACCUGAAUCUUAUGAUGAUGUUGAUAAUGAUGUUGUUGAUAGUUCUCUUUUGCUCCAGGGAUCGACUGACACUAUUAAUAAAAGUUAUGACAUUGAAGCUUUAAAAGCAUUAAUGCAACAUAAUAGCGAUCUGAUUGCAGAACAGGAGGCUCGAGUGGAUUCGAUUAAGGAAAGAAGUCUUGUUGGUGAUUUUACGGAUGCACAAAAAAUUCUUUACCCUCGUGUUGCAUUACGCUCUCCUAUUUCUUCUAGUAUGGACAUGACCAUUUCUUCUAAAAAGGACAUAUCAGCUGAACAGGAACAGCCAAUAGAAGAAGUUAUAGUGCCAAGUAAAAACAAGCCAGUAAUGCUGAAUCAAGUAAACUACAAUCCAUCAAGCAAUAAGAGUACAACUAAAGAGACUUCUGAAUCAGUGAAUUCAGAAGUCUGGUCUGUAGAUGCAGAAAUGGAAUCUUGUGUUGAUGGCUUUCAGAAGCACGUGAAAUUUCAUAAUCAGGACAUUACUAAUUCAAAUGAGUCUUGUAAUGAGGGGAAGCUAUCGACGCAGGAUAAAUGUGGUAGUGUCCUUGCAGAAAUGAAGAACAGUAAUAAGUCAAAGGAGUUAAGAUAUGAGAGAAGCCUUUCGCAUCAGCAUAAGUUCAGUAAUGUCAUGGCAGAAAUGAAGAAAUUGCACUCAGUGGAAUAUGACGAAGAGACCAGUUGGAUUCGAAAGCACAUCAAAAUGCGGGAGUGUUCUUAUUUAAUACCUGAAAAUGAGAAAGGUAACCAAUGCAUGUGUGACUACAAGCAUAUUGAACACAAUGAAUCUGCCAAGAACAAACCAGUUGGUGCUGACAUGAAGUGGGACUACAAGAGGCAUUCCAAACAGAAGAUGACCAACGCCUUUGGGGAGAUUGAGUUUGUUGGAUAUGGAGGGAACAUUGGCAAGUACAUCCGGGUGGACGUUGACACUAAGAUGAAUCACAUGCUGGAGCUGAUGAUGAACGUGUGGGGGCUCGACAAACCCAACCUGCUCAUAUCAGUCACCGGGGGUGCGAAGAACUUCCAGAUGAACAAGCGACUCCGAGACACAUUCAGGAGGGGUCUCAUGAAGACAGCUCUAACCACAGGAGCCUGGAUAGUGACAGGGGGAACCCACGCUGGCGUGAUGAAGCACGUGGGGGAGGCAGUGAAGGACUUUGGGAUUGCCUCCACCUCCAAGAACCCCAUCAUCGCCAUAGGGAUAGCGCCUUGGGGCUGCAUUCAGAACAGGGAGUCACUCAUUGAGGAAAAGAGUGAAGGUCUCUGGCCGGCCAACUAUAGGAUAGAGAAAGAACAGAAGUUCAAGGAGAGUUUCCUGGACCCCAACCACUCCCACUUUAUCCUUGUGGACAACGCCACACAACACAAGUUUGCCAUGGAGAUUCCAUUCCGUGCUAAACUUGAAAAGGAGAUUGCUCAAAUCAAGACAGAGACUGGAGAAAAUGCCGUAUCGGUUCCCAUUGUUCUGCUGGUGUUGGAAGGGGGACCAGGCACGUUGGAGACUGUGCAUCAAGCCAUACAGAACAACACACCCUCUGUGAUUGUGAAGGGAUCCAACAGGGCGGCAGAUAUUCUCGCCUAUGCAUACCUAAAUGCCAAAGAAGAAGAAAUUGAAGUCAAGGACCAAGUUGGAAAGAAGCAGAAAAAAAUGCGGCGCUAUAUGGAGGACUCAGUGGAGUUGACAGUGCGGGAGAUGGUGGAAAGGGAGUUUGGCUCCAACAAGAUCGCUAUCCACCUGGACUGGAUCAAGGAGUGCCUGGAGAAGUGUGACCUUAUCUCUGUGUUUGACCUUGACAGCAAGACGGGCGUGAAGGAGAUAGAUGUCAUUAUGCUGCAGGCUCUUCUUAAAGCCAAUAAGAACCAGGUUAUGGAUCAGCUGCGGCUAGCCCUUGCAUGGAACAGAAUUGAUGUUGCCAAGAGUGAUAUCUUCACUGAUGAUAAACAAUGGCCGACAGGAAGGUUGGAUGAUGUCAUGUUCUCGGCAAUUCAGCUAAACCGUGUAGAUUUCAUAGAGCUAUUUUUAGACCAUGGGGUCAGUUUGAAAGAAUUUCUCACAAAAAAACGUCUUCUUCAACUCUACAACAGGAUACCAAACAAUUGCUUGUUGCGGUCAUUACUGACAAAGAUUAAGAACAGAGACGCCCCUAAAAGAAAGAACUUUUCCCUGCUUGACGUGGGCCUGUUGAUACAAAGCCUCAUGGGGGACACGUUCCACCCAAAUUACCUGACCAAUAAGGCGUACUCUUUCCUUGACGUGGAUUACAUACUGGACGAUGAAGCACCACCCAAAACCGCCAAGACUGGCCUCAAAGACAUUGCAACAGUGAUGUUGAAUCCCGCAAGGAGCCCAGACCAUACAGAUGGAAAACUGAAGAAGUCAGAUGAGAAGCCCCUGCCUGACUUUGAACAGCCCUUCCAGGAUCUGUUUAUUUGGUCCAUCCUCAUGAUUCAACAGGACAUGGCCAAAACAUUCUGGGUUGAGGGCAAGGAUGCCAUAGCAGCUGCUCUCGUUGGAUACAACUUACUAAAGAUGUUGAAGAACAAGACAGACGACACAGAGUUGGUCAUCACCAUUCAAGGCUGCCUUGACGAAUGGUCUGAAUUGGCGGUUGGGGUCCUCAGCGAGUGCCAUACGACAGACGAGCACAAGGCACAGGAUCUUCUUGUACGUGAACUGUCCAACUGGGGGGACACGACGUGCAUGUUGAUUGCAGUAAAGGCCGAUAACAAGGAGUUCAUAUCACAGACUGCGUGUCAGUCCCUCCUAAACAGUAUCUGGCAUGGCAGGCUGGCCCAGGAGAACAGCAUAUACAGGCUUCUCAUCUGCAUGUUCUGUCCCUUCCUUAUUGUGCCCCUGCUCAAAUUCAACGUGCACAUGGACCUGUCCUCAAACCCCGACCACCCCCAGGCCCUGGGUCAAGGCUCCCUGGGCAGGAAUGGGGGCACCAAGCUCGAGCCUUCACAGAGGCCACCAAGCGCUCUUAAAGGCCAGAAACAGCAGCCUAAGCUGAACAAGAUGGAGAGUCGGUCUUCCAUGAAAUCUGAACAUACUGUGCAAAACAAGCCAAAUACACAUGAGAUCUUACCAAGACAAAAGCUGUAUUAUUUCUUUACUGCUCCUGUCAUCAUCUUCAUGUACAAUGUGCUUUCGUACAUUGUCUUCCUGAGUCUGUACACAUACAUUCUGAUAUUCAACUUCACGCCAACAGUGUCUGCUGCUGAAAUGGUGCUCAUAGUGUGGGUGUUCACAAUCUUCAUGGAGGAAGUGCGGCAGAUAUUUCGAGAAAUUAAUACAACAAUCAAGCAUGAGGUGGUUACCAGUUCUUCCACCACCCUGUUCUCCAAACUGCAAAGCUAUACCACGGACACAUGGAACAUCGUCGACAUCAUCACCAUAGGUCUCUUCAUAAUUGGGAUCAUCCUGCGUUUCUUACCGUUCAAGAACACAUUUGAGACUGCGAGGGUGUUCCUUGCAUUGAACUUCAUCUCAUUUUUUCUACGUCUGCUGCACAUUUUCUCGGUGCACAAAAGGCUGGGACCCAAACUGGUCAUGAUUGGAAAAAUGGUACAAGACUUGAUGUACUUCCUUGUGAUCCUGAUGGUGUUUAUUGUGUCAUAUGCCAUUGCUUCCCACUCCAUCUUGUAUCCAAACUCCCCUCUGUCAUGGAGCACAGUAUCGCAGGUCAUCAGGAAGUCUUACUGGAACAUCUAUGGAGAGUUGUUCCUCGAUGAAAUUGAAGGUGAUCCGAAUUGCUCGUUUGAUGAGAUACUAUGGAGUAACGGUACCAGCCCACGGUGCCCCAGCGAUGUGGGCAAGGUCGUGGUUCCAAUCCUGAUGGGCGUCUACAUGAUGUUUGCUAACGUCCUACUUCUCAACCUUCUCAUUGCCAUGUUCAGCUAUACGUUCCAGAGUGUUCAGGACAACACGGACAAACACUGGUGCUUCCAGAGGUAUUCCCUCAUCUAUGAGUACUACACCCGCCCUGUGCUUUGUCCGCCGCUGAUUUUGUUUGUCCAUAUAAUCCUGCUGUUUAAGUAUAUUGCAACCUUGCUGUGUUGCAAAACUUUGCAAAACCAGAAAGCAGACAAUGACUUUCGACGAAAGUUCAAACAUGAACGGGAGCUUGUUCAAUGGGAAAAUGUGAUAGCAGAUGCAUACCAUCAGAAACGGGAAAAGAAAGAGUUCCAGAGCAUGGAAUUCAAAGUCAGCUCUUCAAAUGAAACGCUGAAGGCUCUCAUUAAUCGCAUAGAUGAUCUCACGGAGCAGCAACACCAGUUUGGGCAGUUGUCAUUGACAACAGGCCCAGCAGAGGUACGGGAUCUUGUGACGCCAUUGUCACCCAGAAGCGUUGAGGUCAAACUGCCACCAAAACUGGACAGUCGACUUGCAGGCCUUGAGCAUCAGAUACAGUGGAUUGUAGAGACCCUGAAAAAGAACAGCCCUGGAGCCAAUAACCUUCCUCCGACACCAGAGGAACUGAGAGAAAAAGUUUUCACUGGUUCACAACAGAAAGAAAAGAGGCGACAAGAACGCAAAGCACAGGAGGAUAAGCAGAGGAUUGAGAAGUUGUUUGAAGAGCAGUUCAGGACACACUUCCGUGCCCGAAUGUCCCCGUACCUCGCCUCAGAUGUUGUCCGCUUCUCAGUUCCAGAUGAUAAAGUGCCAUGGGGUACAAGCUACCCCGAGUACAGUCCAAGCGUGUACACAGCCUUGGAAGUGUUGAGAAGGCCCACCUGGGCUGAUCCAGACAUCAUGCGCAAGAAAUCUCAGGAUCGCUCCAGCACCAUUUCCAUGUUCAACAAAGAUGACACAGUGUUCAAUGUUUGUCGUCGUAGCUUCAUGGGCGAGUACCAGGUGGUUGACGGGCUUCCGUUGAACCCCAAAGGUCGAACAGGCCUGCAAGGGCGUGGUCUGUUGGGGCGAUGGGGACCCAACCUCGCUGGGGACCCUCUCGUUUCCAGGUGGAAAAUGGAUGAAGGUGGGAACAGGGUAGUUCAGGAGGGCAAACCAGUCUUAGAGUUUGUAGCGGUCCUGCGGACCGACAAUCAGCAAUGGGCCCUUCCUGGGGCAAUAUUGUGCGAUCCAAAUAUCUCGCCUAUUGACCACUUGAAGGCAGAAUUCACAGAGGAGGCUCUGGGAACACUUGAGCAUGGAAAAUCAGAGAGACAUCUCCAUAAAAAAUUGAAGAGACUGUGGACAAAAGGAGUUAAGAUUUACGAGGGCUAUGCAGACGACCAGCGCAACACUGACAAUGCCUGGCUAGAAACACAGGUGUUCAUUUACCAUGACCAUGAUGGAAAUCUACUGAAACAUCUACAUUUGAGAGCAGGUGAAAGUGUAGAACUAGCCUCCUGGCUGACCGUGUCCAGCAAGAUCUCCAUGCACGGCAUGCAUCUGUACUUCCUGAAGUUGGCCGCAAAACAUCUAGAUGCCUACUUCUGAAUGUUCUGUUUCACUUUCUAUAUGGGCUCUCUCAUGACAAGCAUCUUCAAUGUGACAGUGUUCUACAUUCCACUUACUGUAACUAUUACAUUCUUUGAUGUGAUUAGAAUUUUAUGUAUUCCACUCAAUUUACAGCUACUGGACCCUGUGUUGGGAUUUUGAAUUUCAUAAAUUACACUUACUGAACCUUUGCAGCCCAUAGGGAUAGAUUUGAUACAAGUACGAAUGCAUAGGUUUGCACUGUGCCUCUUCUGUAAAUAAAAUGUGAUGAAAUUAACGGUAUCAUAGGGUACGCAAGAAAACAUAAAAUAUGUUUGGAAUCAAUUAGCUAAAUACUAUUAAUUGGUCAUAGUGUGUGCUUCAAUUCUUUAAGCCCUUCUGCAUCUUAAGGAGGUCAAUGUGAGAGGACUCAAAAGACAGAACCAAAUACAUAUAUUUGUGUAUUACUAGAGUAUGCAAUACAUUAUUUGAUGGCCAAAAAAUGUCCAAUCAGCAUAUAUGCGAAGUAGGCUGAAUGGCCUUGACAAAAUAUGUGGUGUCUUUCAUAUGAAUGUAUUAUAAGGGAGAGUUGAUACCUGUUUUUGCUGUUUCUGGAGUAUUUACAAGAUUCCAACGUGUUAAUUGAAAUAUACAUGUACCUGUUAUUUUAAUUUGUUAUUUUUAUAUGACUGCUUUGGUACUUGUUAAUUUAUUACAUGUUUUGUUCUCCAAUAAACCAAGAACAAAUGUGUUCUAAAAAUGUGAUUAAACAUUCCUUAGGGUGUAAUCCAGUACUUUUUGUUAUAGUUGUAAAUAAUUAAACAUUUCUUGAUAAUUAUGAAAUUAUACACAAAUAAUGUGCCUUCUGUUAUUUUACUGUGAUAUUUUGUAAGUUUAAGUAAAUACAAGUAAGAUUAUUAUACAUGGGUUAGUCCUUAACAUCUCUAAUACGUAAUUUCUUCGAUACCACGUGUUAGUACUUGUUCUCGCUGACAUGUUGUAUGUUGGAGAUUAAAAAUUGUACAAAAAUAAGAAAAAUUGUGAAAAUAAUUCCUAUAAUUAGGCAUUGCAAACAGUGUGUUUCGGAGCUUUGUGAACAGAACAUUAAUAACAAUGUUUCACUUUGCUAGAUAUUUAGUAAUAGUUAUUUACACAAUAAAAGUUUUAUUUGUAUAGUCUGUUGGAAAAACACUGUUGUUUUUUUUUAAGGGAAUUAUUAUUAAAGUUGGUUUUGAUUUUUUCCCAUGUUAGACCAUGUUUAUGUUUAAGUAGCAUUUGUAUGUAUUUCCAUUAGAAAUAUUCCUUUUUUUUAAAUAAAUUGUUUUAAGCACUCAUUAAAAAAAAAUCUCUUAAGAAAUGCAAAUUGCUUAUGAGCAUAUUUAAGUACAACAAGCUCUUUUACUUACUUUUUUAUGCCCCCGUAUCAAAUGAUCGGGGUAUAUUGUUUUUGGCCUGUCUGUCAUUCUGUCCCAAAACGUUUACCUUGGUUAAAGUUUUGCGAUAACUUUUGAAAAAUUGAACAUAGCAACUAGAUAUUUGGCAUACAUGUGUAUCUCAUGGAGCUGCCUAUUUUGAGUGGUGAAUGGUCAAGGUCAUCCUUCAAGGUAAAAGGUAAAAAAAAUCAAAGCAGCGCAUUAGGGGGCAUUGUGUUUCUGACAAACACAUCUCUUGUUAUUUUUUAAUAGAUUUUGGUAAUAUAGUAUUUCUGUGACAAAAAAAUUGCAUUUAUUUUAGAGAAUAGUCUCGAUGUACAUUUGUUCAGAUUUAGUUUUAAUUAUGCAAAUGUUAGUAACAUUUUGCAUGAUUUUGAAAAUAAUUCGAACAUAUUUACUUAUAAAUGAAAUAAUUAUGAAACAUUACAGAACAAAUGAGUCAGCUCAUGGUAAAAGGGUCUUAUUCCACAUUUGGCUAGCGUAACUCCAAAUCACCAUGCCCAUUUGCGCAACCUGCAGGUAAGGAGCUCUGCUGUUUGCCGUAUAGUAAGGAAAAGGUUUCAUGGUCUCCUUUAUGGACAGAGUAACUUCUGACAUCACUGCAUGGGUGUUUUGACUGGCCUGGAGGUACACUGGCCACAUUGGCACACUACCCAUUUUUGCAUGAUGCAGCUGAUAUGAUUAUCGUUUGUUGUUGAUGCCAGGUAUAAGCUUUUGUAAUGUUAUUUAUAUUUUUGUUAUGAUUUUUUAUGUUGAUUAUUUUAUAAUUACAAAAUUGUUAUGUGGACAUGCAAAAUAAAUGUUGUUUUUACUUUAGUGCCAAUUUUUGUACUGAGAUUUAGAUCUGUAUCUAUAUGGGUAGUGUGAAUUGUUAUUUGCUAUACUUGUACCCAUUGGUGCAAAUUGUGAAAAUUAUUCUUUUUAAAAAGGAGCGGAAUAGGUUGAAUUUUUUAGCUGAACUUUAAUUUAUUUUAUUCAGACAUAUUCAAGGAUAUUUUUAUCUAUUUUAAGAGUUAUCUAUUAAAUCCACAAAAGGGUAACUAAUUGUAUUUUAAUAGUUCAAUUUGGCAAUGGUACAGUAUAUGUGGGAAGUCAAAUGUUUAAUGUUUUCAGUAAGUGUAAAUGUGGGAAGUCAUAGUAGAAUGUGCAGUAAUAACAUUGGAAACUCACAAAUAAUUGUUUAAUUUUUUUCCAAUAAUUUAUAUAUUCAAACAAUAAUCUCAAAUUAUAGGUGUCUACAAAUUAAGACACACUGGUGAAUGCAUUAAAUUUUAUGUGGUACUUCUACUGUAUAAUGCUGUUUGCAAAUUCAUGCUCUUUUUAAAUACCACACCUUUUAUAAUGAUUAAUUUUAAAGAUGUUAGUAGUGACUUUUAAUUUAUUUUAUAUCUUGAAUAUUGUUUUACUGAAAAUAAAAACCUUUACUCAGUCAUCCAUUCAGCUAUGUGGUAUAUUAUUUAUUAAAAUUGGUUUGAUUUUAAUAUCAUUGAUUGCAUCAUAUUGCAUCAUCAAAUAUAAAAUCAUAAAUAGCCCAACAAAAACUGUUUGAUGUUUCUGUAUUUUUGGAAAACAACUGAAAUAGGGACGAAAAAGGGAAAAAUGUCAUUUAAAGGGGUGAGGCAUUAAUAUAAGGGGAGCAACAUAUUUAAAAGGGGCUGGGGAUUAAAAUGGAAUUCGGCACUCAGCCAUUUGCUUUACCUUAAUUUCUAUUGAGUCAUUAACCAAAGGCUUAACAUAUUGACGGAAGAAUUUUUUUUUUCCAAAUGCAUAAUUUACAUCAACAAACCAAUGCAUGUCAAGUCAUAUCAUGAUAAGUUUCCUGUAAGCUUAGCUAGCCAGUAUUGCUAAUGAGACUAUCCAGUUUUGCAUACCAGUAUAUUAUUGGGGGAGUCAUUUGACUGAUUUAUUAUGGUUCUUUUUCACUAUGCUAUUUCUUUCAAGUGAAUUGCAGGUACUUUUUGUAAUCCUUUACAAUCAACUAAACAUGAUACUAUAAAGAUGUAAUUAUUAUGUUAUUAAAAUUAUAACCUUAAUUUAUAUAUUGAAAUAAAUGUGUACAUAAUAAUAAUAUCUUUUAUCAAAUCAAAUUACAUUUCAAUUGAAAAUCAAUUUGUUGUUCACCUGUUAAUUGUUUUAAACUAUGAUAUAAAAAAGCGUUAAACAGCCGACUUUCAUUUGAUAGAUAUCUAUGAUAUUCUUCAUAUUGAAGAGUGUUUUUAUGUUCUCAUGAAUGCACAUUAUACAAUUGUUGUCAGUAAAUGUAUUUUAUAUUACUGUUAUAAUGUCUAACAAAAUUCAUUUUUUUGUCUAUAUGAGAAGAAGUAUUGACUAAAAAACAAUAUUGACAUUGAAGCCAAAAAAGCUAUAUAUAUAUAUGGGUUAUAAUAUGGUAUAUUAAUAAAAUUAAAUACUUGUUGUAUAUCUUAAUUGUUACACUAUGUGCGCUUUAUCAUGAUGUCAAUGAAAGAGAUACUUGGUUAUUUAACUGUA